GAACAGAAGAAAUGUCGGACAUAGCGAGGACAGUUCAUGAGACUUGAUAUUGAGGGAGGGGUGGCAGGGAGUUUCAACUCUCCUCUUCCCGUACCUUUUCUUCUCGGGUUUUUGCCCAUCAUCCCGCCAUACUAGAUGCAGUCAGUGAAAACAAUGAUUACUGGUGUGGUGUGGGGACAUAAAUUUUCCCUGCGCGAGCCUGCGCAUCUUAGAACAAAGGCAGCGGCUUCUCACAGAGAGCAACCGCACCAGAGCCUUCACGUUCUCAAAAUGGCGUCCUCGAAAGUUCGUUCUCUGCUGAGAUUGGGGGCAAUUGCAAGUCCCAGAGUUCUACUGAGAAAUCAAUACAAACGCACGCCUGUCUGUACUAGUGCAUUCUCCUCGCAGCAAUCAAGAAAAUUAUCAACUGAAGUUGUAGUCAAAGAGGAUGCAGCUGUCGCACAGCUGUCUGAGUUUGGGCAGUAUGUAGCUAGCAUAUUGCCAAAGUACAUUCAGCAGGCACAGAUAACGCAAACAAAAGAACUGGAAUUGUUGAUUGCUCCGGAGGGAAUCAUCCCUGUCCUUACCUUCUUAAGGGACCAUACUAAUGCUCAAUACAAGUCUCUGGCAGACCUGACAGCAGUGGAUAAGCUGGGAAAGCCUUUCAGAUUUGAGAUUGUGUACAAUUUGCUGUCCCUGAGGUACAACUCAAGGAUUCGAGUAAAAACAUACACUGAUGAAUUGACACCAGUUGACUCUGCUGACCCAGUGUUUAAGAUAGCAAACUGGUAUGAAAGAGAGAUAUGGGACAUGUACGGUGUGUUCUUUGCGGAUCAUCCAGACUUACGAAGAAUUUUGACAGACUAUGGGUUUGAAGGACACCCCUUUAGGAAAGAUUUCCCUCUUACUGGUUAUGUUGAGGUGCGUUAUGAUGAUGAACUUAAACGAGUUGUCUGUGAACCAAUUGAAAUGGCCCAAGAAUUCCGCAGGUUUGACUUUCAGACUCCUUGGGAGAAUUUCCCAGCACACAGGAAAGAGGUAGAAGCUCUUUCAGAACAACUACCCAAAGGGAACAAGCCAGACAAGAGUUAAUUGAUUUCUUCAUUUAGCUGUUUGAAAAAAGGUUUUGUAACAAAAUACAUCUUAUUUGGUGAUUGCAUACAGGUACAGCUGCAUUCUGAGCAGUGUUCUUUAAUGAUGGAAGAAGUCAUUGCUAUAAUAAAUUGUAAAUAUCUUAUUACAACCAAAUACACUGUAUGUCCAUUGGUACAUGUGCCAAUAAUUAAAGAGCUUUCUUUUAACUGUC